GGUACAUGUUUUGGUAGUGAAAGAGUGAACUAGAAAUAUAGAUUUAAAUUUCUAAAACCCAAUUGGGUUUGCGUUUUCUUGUGCAUAGCAGAUAUGAAAGCCGUGGUGUCUGUUUUGCUUAUCAUUCUGGUAAUGGUUUUGCCUGCAAAAGGUCAACUGAAAGCUGGAUUCUACUCUUCCUCAUGUCCAAAAGCAGAGGCCACGGUGAGAUCCACAGUUGAAUCAUACUACAACAAAGAUCCCACCAUUGCUGCAGGCUUGCUCAGGCUUCACUUCCACGACUGCUUCGUUCAGGGUUGUGACGGUUCGGUUUUGAUCAAGGGCGCUUCAUCGGAGGGGAAUGCCUUGCCGAAUCAAGGGUUGAAAGGAUUCGAAGUGAUUGAUGAUGCAAAAGCUCAAGUAGAGGCCUUGUGUCCUGGAGUUGUCUCGUGUGCCGAUAUUCUUGCAUUGGCUGCUCGAGAUUCUGUUGACUUAAGCGACGGUCCAAGUUGGUCAGUGCCUACCGGAAGAAGGGAUGGCAGGGUCUCUUUGUCAUCUCAAGCCUCAAACCUACCUUCUCCUCUUGAUUCAGUUGCCGUGCAAAGGCAAAAAUUUGCUGCUAAAGGCCUCGACGAUCAUGAUCUCGUAACCCUAGUUGGGGGACAUACCAUUGGCGAAACGCACUGCCAGUUUAUCCGAUACCGGCUCUACAAUUUCACAGCCACAGGCAACUCCGACCCGACCAUAAAUCAAGCAUUCCUAGCACAACUCCAAGCUCUGUGCCCGAUGAACGGUGACGGAACGAAGCCGGUGGCAUUGGACAGAGGAAGCCAGACCAAGUUUGAUGUGAGCUUCUUCAAGAAUGUGAAGGAUGGAAAUGCAGUUUUGGAGUCGGAUCAGAGGCUUUGGGGUGAUGACGCAACGCGUAAGAUAAUGCAAAACUAUGCUGGCAACAUUAGGGGAUUGCUAGGGUUUAGAUUUGAUUUUGAAUUCCCAAAAGCUAUGAUUAAAAUGGGUAGCAUUGAGGUGAAAAUUGGUACACAAGGUGAGAUUAGGAAAGUGUGCUCAAAAUUUAAUUAAUCCUUCCAGAAAGGUGACACGUAUAAUAAUGUAAAAUAAAAAUAAAUUUGUUUGUGUGGGAAAUAUUCUGAGUGUGAUGUUGACAUUAAUAAGCGUUGAUAUUACUUAUUAAAAUAUUUGUUAUAGUAUGUA